AUGGCGAAACGGCCUAAAACGCCCAACCCCAAGAACAUCGAUCCCCCUUUCCCCAUCGCCCGGAAGAUCCUCACGUACACCUUCGCGCUUGUAGUGUUGGCCUCCGUAACGGCAGCCUACGUGGUGGAAUAUGAACUCGUCCAAGACUCGACUCUUCUAAUAUCAGUCGGACUGUAUGGGAUUCUCAUGGUUCUCUUCCUGCUCUUCCAGAGCCUCUUUGCUUACCUGGAGUUCUGCAAAAUCAAGAAGAGUAAACUGGCUUGUAGCUUUCAAAAGACCGUUGGCCUCACCAUCGCCGGAUACCAAGAAGACCCUGAUUACCUCCGCCAGUGUCUGGAGUCUUGCAAGUUUGUAAAGUAUCCCAAAGAGAAGCUCAAGGUCAUUCUCGUUGUGGAUGGAAAUUCGGAGGAUGAUGCCUACAUGAUGGACAUGUUUAAGGAUGUGUUCCACGACGAGGACGUCGGCACGUAUGUGUGGGAAGAGAAUUAUCACUCUCGCAAACAGAACCCAGAGGGUGAAGAUUCGGUUCCUCUGCAGGAGAACGAGGGAAGCACCGUAGUGAAGAACCUUAUCCAGAGUAAAAGAUGCGUGUGUAUAAUGCAGAAGUGGGGAGGCAAGAGAGAGGUUAUGUACACGGCAUUUAAAGCCCUGGAGCACAGCGUGGACUAUGUGCAAGUCUGUGACUCAGACACCAAACUAGAUGAGUUGGCCACCGUGGAGAUGGUGAAGGUCUUGGAGGCAAAUGAAAUGUACGGGGCGGUUGGGGGAGAUGUCCGAAUCCUUAACACGUACGAUUCAUUCAUCAGCUUCAUGAGCAAUCUAAGAUACUGGAUGGCCUUUAAUGUGGAGAGAGCCUGUCAAUCUUACUUUGACUGCGUGUCAUGCAUCAGUGGCCCACUGGGUAUGUACAGGAAUGAUGUUCUUCAGACAUUCUUGGAGGAUUGGUAUGGCCAAAAGUUCCUUGGUACGGAGUGCACACUAGGAGAUGACCGUCACCUCACCAACCGGGUACUCAGUUUGGGUUAUGGCACAAAGUACACGUCUAAAUCCCGUGCCUAUUCCGAGACUCCCUCCCUGUACUUGCGGUGGCUCAAUCAGCAGACCCGCUGGACCAAGUCCUAUUACAGGGAGUGGCUGUACAAUGCUCAGUACUGGUAUAAACACCACUUAUGGAUGACAUAUGAGUCAGUGGUCACUAUGGUCUUCCCAUUCUACGUGACCAUCACCGUGAUCCGCCUGUUUUAUGCCGGCAGCUUGUGGAACAUACUUUGGCUCCUCCUGUGUAUUCAAAUUAUCGCCCUCAUCAAAUCCCUAUACGCCAGCUGGCUCCGAGGUAAUAUAGUCAUGGUGCUCAUGUCGCUCUACUCCAUACUGUACAUGAGCGGGUUGUUGCCCACCAAAUAUUUUGCUAUUUUGACCAUCAACAAAACCAACUGGGGAACAUCUGGACGCAAGAAGAUUGUGGGGAAUUUCAUGCCCCUGCUGCCCCUGUCCAUAUGGGCAAUUAUUUUGGGUGCAGGGUUAGGUUUUGGGAUCUACAGAGAUUCGGAGAAGGACUGGACCACCCCCCAUCAGCAGCAGGAGCUCCUGUAUCUGAUUUAUGGGUCAGUGGGGUACAUGGCUUAUUGGGGUGUGAUGACCCUCAUUUACUGGGUCUGGAUCAGGAAAUGCUGCAGGAGGAGCUCACCGGAAGCUCGCGAUCCAGAACAAGGUGGAUCCAACGAACCGGAGGCUGCCAGCAACGUUUAAAAGACUUGAUUUUUUAUUAUAAUAUCCUGACAGCAGAAUUUUAAUGUGUAUAUUGUGGUUGAA